AUGGCCAACAGCGAGUUCGAAUAUGUGCGCAAAUUCGAAGAGUGGGAUGCACUUGCGCCCAGUAAUUGGAUUGUCGUGAGAAUUGAUGGCAGAGGCUUUAGCAAAUUUUCGAAACGCCAGGACUUCGCCAAACCCAACGACCGUCGCGCUAUAGACCUCAUGAAUGCCGCCGCUGUCGAUGUCGUAAAGCAAUUUACCGACAUUGUCAUCGCCUACGGUCAGUCUGACGAAUACAGCUUUGUACUCCACGAAGACUGCCAGCUUUUCGAACGACGAGCAGCAAAACUCGCCACAAGUAUUUCGACAGCAUUCUCGGUCGAGUAUUGUAUGCAAUGGGAUGAGCACUUUCCGGGACAGUCUUUGGAGAGGCCCUUUCCGACCUUUGAUGGCAGGCUGACUGUCNAUGUAAACAACCUCUACAACACGACUUUCUGGAACAUGGUCAAGGGAAACCCAGCUACGGACACACCGGCCAUGACUCCUACAGAAGCUGAGUUGGCACUGAAGGUGAGCUUGAGGUCAGAAUCUCGAUUGCCCUCUGAGCUCUGCUCACACACACAAAACAGGNGGACUUUCUCGGCAGACAAGAAUGAGAUCCUUUUCAAAAGGUUCAACAUCAACUACAACGCAGAAGACGAGAUCUGGAAGAAGGGCAGCGUCGUUUACAGANAAAGUAUGUUUCCUUCCUCUUUCAUCUGCUUCCAUACUGACGGAGAUUGGCAGUUCGAGGACAAGCAAUCAACCACAGAGAGACCGGCGGAAAAGCAACUCUUCAGACCAACAGAUGACUCUGGGAAGAAGAAGACACUAUCAAAAACACAACUGGAAAAGGAAAGGAAGAGAAAACAGAAGGCUAGGGUCGUGGUGGAGCAUGUUGAUAUCAUCAAGGAUAGAUUCUGGCUGGAGAACCCAUGGAUCUUGGAGUAG